AUGGGUUUUACCAUCCUGGCUUGUUUUGUUGCGACACUUUCCUUGGUUUUCUGUGACCAAAAUUUUGACAAAGCUGGGAAGACUAUACAGGCUGCAAGAGACAUUCAGCAGCCAUUCAUUGUUGAGUUUCCUGAUAACCACAAGCAACAAAAGAGAAGAGACGAUUCACAGAAUCAGCCCAACAACCUGAAAAUUGCCGCUUUCAACGUCCAAACAUUUGGUAAGAAGAAAAUGGAGACACCAGGAAUACCUGAACUUCUUGUUAAGGUUGGUGUAGCUGAAGCAAAUGAUAUUAGGUUUGUCUUUUUCGUAUUUCAUUGCUACAGCAGCCGGUUAAAUGUUAGUUUGUAGUUUUGUUGGCCCAAAAUUAAAUUUCGGGGGACAUUAUAAUGUCUUAUGAGCUACUGUUGCUGUUUACAGUUGGCCUGAGCGUUGUACUUGUCGUUUUCGUAAAAGUGGCCAUGGCUUAAAGUAAGAUUUUCUAGCGACGAAAACAGUUUUAUAAUCCCAGUUGAGCUAUAGAUAUUUGUCUUUUUUAAAGGUAUAGUCUUGAGAAAUGUUUCGAUGUAAGUUAAUUACUGUUACCGGAAAAGAAAGGUGUAGCUGGACUUUUUGCAGAUUAUUCUUACAGCUGUUCAGUUCACACGGACUAUUCGAUUUCAAAACGAUAAACUGAAUGAACCUUCACCUCUUCCUUCAGAAUAGUCUCUUCUUUGAGUGGUCACUGUACGUCGUUGCCAAGGUAGAACUCAUUACUAAUAGUUCUUACCAUCAGUCUGCAGGUGAUAUAGUGGAGAAAGCUUAAAGUACGGCGAACGCAUAGACUCGCUGAACACACUCACCCAUCCCCCCCCCUCUUCCCCCUCCGACUUUCACUGAUCAGGUGAUUGCAAUCUUAACGGUGGUUACUUUAAAUUUACUGGUACUUUCCCUUCUGUAUUUCGUUUUGGGGAGUACAAUAAGUCAUACCAUAUUUUUGUUUUUGUUUAGUUUUGCGUCAUUUUGUUUUCUCCAUGAUGCUUGCAGAUUGUUCUCCGCUUUGAUGUCAUUCUUAUCCAGGAGAUCAGAGAUGCCUCUGGUAAAGCGAUUCUUAAGUUGCUUUCACUAAUAAACAAGUACGUGUUGAGAGUUUCUUGAUAUCGUUUCAGUUUUCGUUAUGUUGUAAGAAGAACACAGUUAUGUGUAAUUCUUAUUGUCAUUAUAAAAUUACUAGUACUUUUUUUAUCAUUAACUGUUUAUAUUUUUGCAUUCCACAGAAAUUCCACUAAAGGGAUUUACGAUAUCACCAUCAGUCCGCGACUUGGAAGAUCUUCAAGCAAAGAACAAUACGCGUUCCUGUUCAGGUCAGUCCAAUGACAAUUUACUUAUUCAGCUACUUUGCAUUCUUUAACCGGUUUACUCUGAGGGGGUUCUUUCACUGGUACAGCUAUGUGCUGCUGUCAGGAUUUUAAUGAAAUAUGUACGUUAGCCUGUCUUAACCCAGAAUCACUUCCUUUUUUCUUUUUUAAGCAUUACUGACGGAACAGACUUAUCCCUGUUCGCUUCCCUUAACAUGACACGAGAGACGAAAUUCGUCCAAUAAGUGUAUAACAAGGCCGAAGACGGCUGAUAGGACACAGUUAAACCCCUCUCGGUAUGGGAAAACCUUCUGCACUCAACCCCCAUAAUACUAAUAUUCACUGGUCACAUUAAACAGCACAAGAGGGCCUACAGUUCCAUCAGUGUACUUCACUAUAGAUGUGGCCUUAUUCUCUACAGGAAAGACGUUUUAUCCGUUAAACAUAGCUAUACUUACGAUGAUGGCCAAGAAGAUCUUCAGAGCGAUACUUUUGAAAGGGAACCAUAUAUCGUUCACUUUUACUCUUCAGUGACCAGUAAGUAUGACGUUAAACCUCGAGGGGUUCAAGCCCAAAGAAGAGUGUUUUGAAGGGUUGAUAGGGGUUGGCAUCGAUCGUCUUGGAUUAUGAUAGGAAGUUUCUUGAGUGUAACUUACAAGAUAUCACGCUUUGACAGUCGAAAUUUUGAUUGGUUCGAUUCUUUAUUCCAGAACAAGGGUAUGACAUAUCAUAUCAGAGCAUAAUUCGAUAAGGCUUUUUAGACUAAUCACCUCUACCGCACUAUAUUAGUUUCUUAGAGGCUAACUUGAAUGUUUACCCAGUAAGGGUCAUGUUAUACUUGUUUUUAUUCUUUACUUUUAAUUACAGAUGUCACAGAUUUUGUGCUUGUUGCUAUCCACACGUCUCCGUCGAAAGCUAACCAAGAAAUAGACGAGCUUGCUGUUGUGUAUGACGACGUUAUCAGGAAACUUGGCAUAACAGAUGUGAUAAUCCUUGGUGACUUAAAUGCGGCCUGCAGCUACAUGAGUGAUAGCAAAUGGAAAACCAACAGAUUGGCUAACGACAGGCGAUUUCAUUGGCUUAUUUCUGAUUGCGUAGAUACCACUGUAACUGGAGGACUCUGUGCCUAUGAUCGGUCAGUUGGAGUUGAGCCGGAUAGUUUGCGUUCAUAAUUAUUUCGUAAUAGAUAUCUUGUCACCUUACUGUGCUUGCAAUGUAACUUUCCUCCUAUAAGAUCAGUACUCUGCUAUACUAUUAGUUAACAUUUGUUGUUAUCCAUACCAGUCCUUAGAUGUUUUGAUUCUCUAAUUUUAACCUUGUUCCAGAUUCGUUGUUGCUGGAGAUGCUAUGUUGAAUGCAGUCAUUGAGUCAAGUGCGGAAAGUUAUAAAUAUGACCAAGAGUUGGAUGUCAAUCAGACCAUGGUAUUAUUUCAAGCCCAUACAUUCCUAUGUUGUUCCUAUGUUAUUUAAUGUUGUUCCAAUAGUGUUUGUUAUUUCAUUUCAGACAGCUCUUGUGAGUGAUCACUAUCCAGUUGAAAUGCAAAUUGUUACAAAAGGUAAGAAUCGUUCAUUGGUGGAAAAAUGGUGACACCCAUGCCUUUGAUAAUACUUUUUCCGACUUACUUUACUGUACCGCCUUUUUACUAUGUAAAGUCCUGAAACUAGAUACUAAUUGACAGACGAGAGGUAAUAAUCAUACGAUGUCUAAAAUUUCUUAUUUCUUAAAGAACUGGCCACAGCCUUGAGUUCCAUAUCCAGGAGUGUUGAACAUUCUUUCAGAACGAAACCGUCUCCGACUCUGACCAGACAUAAAAUAUACAGAAAGAAAAAAACCUUGGAAGCAGCAGAAUUCACAGUUGAAAGAACGUAUAAUAAAAACAGAGCAAUCAGUAGAAUGAUAUUCAGAAGAGACUUUGUGAACAUCAAGGAAGCACUCGGUGCAGUUUGCAUCCUUAAAGAAAAAACCACUGACUCCAUCAUCACUGUUGCUCAAACCCAAAAUGUAGAGUUCCUUUUAACAGGACCGUGGAUACAAGAAAAACAAUUAUUGUAUAAGAAAACUGGAACUGUCAAGCUUGUUUGUGAAAUGUACCCUCAGCCCAGUUGCUGGAUCUCUCUGUUAUUUAACUAACAAGGGCAAUUUGAACCCUCUACACUCAUGUUAUAUGUUUAAUGUUCUGGCUGCAUAAUAAAGUAAC